CAAACCAGGGAAGAUAGGCUAACCAGGAAAGAGCAAACUUUACUCAAAAGAGAAAGGCCAGUUGAACUUAUCCGACAUAGAAGGUCUAGACAGGAAAGAGACAAAUCAAGGAAAGAUACUGACUGCCUAGGUGACAGAUGAACCAAACUAAGUAGAGAUUGACAAGGAUACAUGUGGACAAGAUUUACCAGAGGACACAUGGACACAAGCAAAGACAGCUUGACUAGAAACAGUCAUAUUGGCCAGGGGCAAGCAGACCAUAAAACUGAGAAGAGAUAGUUUAACCACAGAACAAAUGGAGCCAAACUGAUUGGAGAAAAACAAUCUAAGUAGCAGGACAACUGAAUCAAACCAACCAGAUUAAUAUGGACUGACAGAGAAAAAUGGCCCAAAUAAAUGAAGACAGAAAAAUUGACCAAGACAAUAAAUUUAACCACUAUGUAGACACAGACUGAUGAGAUAGAUAGACAAAGCCAAAUAGCAAUAAAUGAGUUGUCUAGGGAGACAAAAACCCCAAGCCAACUAGUGAGAGACUGUCCAGGGAUCAGAUGCGUUAAACUGACUAGAGGUAACAAAUCGAUCGGUUGUGUAUGGACCAAACCAUCUAGGAUCAGACUGACUGGGGACAAAUGUAUCAUACUUGUCAGAGAUAGAUGGAUAAAGUGAAAAAGAUAGAGAUUGCCUAGAGCUCAGGAUAAAUGGAAGACAGAAAGUGAGACACUCAAUGACCAAAACACAGAAUCUCUGUAAGUCAGCCAGAAGACAGAUCAAAACUGAAGAAGGAAACAGAAUGAGCACAGAUAGACAGACUAUGGAAAAGUAGGCUUGAUCAAAAAACAAAUAGAAUCACUUAGGGGAAAAAAAAACUUUUAAGAAGGGCUGGAAGACUUGAUAGAAUCAGGGUCUUUGAGAGCAUAUUGAUCAAUGAAUUGAAGGCACAUCACUUGAUCUUGUAGUGAGGAAGGACCAACCUCAACUGGACCUGCCCAAGUCCUACCCAAGAUUUAGCAAUUCACCCAUUGGCCUGCCCCUGCCCCUGUUCCUGCUCCUGCCAGUGAAGUUGUAAAUGUGGAUGCAACAUCCUGGAAUCUUAAGACUGGCCUGAGGGGGAGGAACUAAUUGUCUGCGCCAUGGCGAAGCGGGAGGGCAGCACCAGCCCGGUGGUUCGGCAGAUUGACAAGCAGUUCCUGGUGUGCAGCAUCUGCCUGGAUCGCUACCAUUGCCCUAAGGUUUUACCUUGCCUGCACACCUUCUGUGAGAGGUGCCUGCAGAGCUACAUCCCUGCCCAGAGUCUGACGUUGUCAUGUCCCGUGUGCCGCCAGACUUCCAUCCUCCCCGAGCAGGGUGUUUCUGCUCUGCAGAAUAACUUCUUUAUCAGCAACCUGAUUGAAGUGAUGCAGAGGACCCCUGAUGGAGGCCGAGACCCCACUGCCCCUCACCCGCUCUGCGCUGUGGCUGGGCGUCCUCUCUCCUGCCCCAACCAUGAAGGCAAGACAAUGGAGUUCUACUGUGAAUCAUGUGAGACAGCUAUGUGUGGGGAAUGUCGAGCUGGGGAGCACGGGGAGCACCGCACUGUGCUGCUCCGGGAUGUGGUGGAGCAGCACAAGGCAGCCCUGCAGAGGCAGCUGGACACUGUGCGCAGCCGGUUGCCCCAGCUGACGGCAGCCAUUGCCCUGGUGGGAGAGAUCAGCCAGCAGCUGGUGGAUCGGAAGGCUGAAGCCCUGGCCCAGAUCAGUGGGGCCUUUGAGGAGCUGGAGCAGGCCCUGCAGCAGCGCAAGGGGGCACUGGUCAGGGACCUGGAGGCCAUCUGUGGGGCCAAGCAGAAGGUGCUGCAGGCCCAGCUGGAGACACUGCGUCAGGGCCAGGAGCAUAUUGGGAGCAGCUGCAGCUUUGCGGAGCAGGCCCUGCGGCUAGGCUCAGAGACGGAAGUGCUGCUCGUGCGCAAGCAGAUGGGGGAGCGGCUGGCGGCACUGGCCAGCCAAGCCUUCCCUGAGCGGCCUCACGAGAACGGGCAGCUGGAGCUUCUUCUAGAGACGGAUGGCCUGCGCCGCUCUAUUCUCAACUUGGGUGCACUCCUCACCACUAGUGCCACAGCCCAUGAGACAGUGGCCACAGGGGAGGGCCUUCGCCAGGCCCUGGUGGGGCAGCCGGCCUCACUGACUAUCACCACCAAAGACAAGGAUGGGCAGCUUGUGCGCACGGGAAGUGCAGAACUUCGGGCCGAGCUGACGGGCCCCGAUGGGGCUCGCCUUGAAGCCCAUGUGCUGGACCACAAGAAUGGCACUUAUGAGCUAGUCUACACAGCCCGGGCAGAGGGUGAGCUUCUCCUCUCUGUACUACUCUAUGGGCAGCCUGUACGGGGCAGCCCCUUCCGGGUGCGUGCCCUGCGCCCUGGUGACUUACCCCCCUCUCCUGAUGAUGUCAAACGCCGGGUCAAGUCCCCUGGUGGUCCUGGUGGCCAUGUGAGACAGAAGGCUGUACGCCGACCCAGCUCUAUGUAUAGCACAGGAGGCAAGAGGAAGGACAACCCUAUUGAGGAUGAGCUGGUCUUCCGAGUUGGUAGCCGUGGGCGAGAGAAGGGUGAAUUCACCAACUUACAGGGCAUUUCUGCAGCCAGCAGUGGCCGCAUUGUGGUGGCUGACAGUAACAACCAGUGCAUCCAGGUAUUCUCUAAUGAGGGCCAGUUCAAACUCCGCUUUGGUGUGCGAGGCCGCUCCCCUGGGCAGCUGCAGCGUCCCACUGGUGUGGCAGUGGACACCAAUGGUGACAUUAUUGUGGCUGAUUAUGACAACCGCUGGGUCAGUGUCUUCUCACCUGAAGGAAAGUUCAAGACCAAGAUUGGAGCUGGGAGGCUCAUGGGACCCAAGGGUGUGGCUGUGGACCGUAACGGGCACAUCAUCGUGGUGGACAACAAGGCUUGCUGUGUCUUUACCUUCCAACCCAAUGGAAAGCUAGUGGGUCGCUUUGGGGGCCGUGGUGCCACUGACCGCCAUUUUGCAGGUCCCCACUUUGUUGCUGUGAAUAACAAGAAUGAAAUUGUGGUGACAGAUUUCCAUAAUCACUCAGUGAAGGUGUACAGUGCAGAUGGAGACUUCCUCUUCAAGUUUGGCUCCCAUGGCGAGGGUAAUGGGCAGUUCAAUGCCCCUACUGGUGUGGCUGUGGACUCGAAUGGGAACAUCAUCGUGGCAGAUUGGGGGAACAGUCGCAUCCAGGUAUUUGACAGUACAGGCUCUUUCUUAUCCUAUAUCAACACCACUGCAGAACCACUUUAUGGCCCUCAGGGCUUGGCACUGACCUCCGAUGGCCACGUGGUAGUGGCUGAUGCAGGCAACCACUGUUUCAAGGCCUAUCGUUACCUCCAGUAGCUGCUCUGCUGGCUCAGACCUGGAUGGAUAGAGAGAUGGACACCACCACUCCAAGGAUGGGAUGGGCCCAGGACCCCUCCACUGUGGGCCAUAUCAGGGAGCAAUGAAAGUGGGAGCCAUGUGCCCUUCACCACCCCAGGGCCUUCCCCAGGGAUCUUCUCCCCAUGUUCACCAGUUGAUCUCUAUCCUCCUUUCCCCCCCACACCCCUCCCAUCCCUUCACGCUGCACUUUAUUUAUUCGGUUCCUGCUUUGGUGAUUGGGGUGGAGGGGGAGGCUGUGGGGGAGUUGACCAGGUUGGGAGGCCUAUGAAGUCUCCCUGAGCUUGCCAUCCUACUGCCUGCCCACUUGCCCACUUACCCACAUUUUUUUUGGUUUCUACAAGAAUUGCUAAGCUUCACCCCUAACCCCUAGCCCCACUUAGACCUAUACCCCACGUCAGGGUCUAGACCCCCUUUAGGCUUGGUCUUAGCCCUAUCAUGUAGAUCAGUUACUGCCAGUUCUUCUGGCCUGUCUCCAGGAGGAGCUUGGGGCCUUCACAGCCAAGGAUCCUGACUGCCUCCAAGCUGCUUCACAGGGCAGUGCUAUAGGCUGGCAGGACAUGGUUUCCCCUCUGCCUUCUCAGACAAACUGACAGACAGACAGUAAUACCCUUGCCCGGUCCGCUUCAAUGUACAAAAUAAAUGAUCUCCGUGGCUUCCAUUUUGAUCCUUCUUGGAAGAGAAGGGGGAUGCUGCUACUUUAGGCACCUCCCCUACCCAGGAACUUAGGGUGAGGAAAUGGGCUAGGGAUCCUAAAACUGGGAAAGAAAUGGGAUGGGGGGAAGCAGGCAAUUGUUCCUCAGUCCUUGGCUCAGAGGGUAUUGCAGGCUCAGAGCAGGCUCUCCUAAUGGAGCUUUGAAGUUGGGCUGUAGUGGUACAGGAGAGGGAUGCUUCUGAGGCCAUGGGAGUACCAUUCUUUUCCCCUAAUCCUCUAUCCUAGGCCAUGAUAGGGGACCUGAAUGGAUCUGGAAUGUGGAAUGAUAUAAGGUUCCUAGAAGCAUCAGAAGAAUCAUUGCCUGGGUAAAGAUGAAUACACAAAUGCACUAGACUCACAAAACCAUGAGAAGAAGGGGUCCUGAAGGGCAAGUUCUGACCUGUUGAGAAGGGUAGAUGAUAAAGAAGGCUUUGGCAGAUAGGAUAGCUACCCUGGGCCUCUUGUACCCUGAGGAAGGUGGGUUUCCAGGAUUAUUUUCACAGAUUUAACAUUUGAUAUUGGGAACCUCUAGUCAGGUUCUGAGAAGAUGCCCAGGUAUUUCAAUAAAAAUGCGAACAACCCAGACUUAGGACCUAAUGGUGAGAAUGCAACCACAUG